CCUGGAGGAGCUGCGCAAUUUCAAACACCGUCGAAGCGUAACGACCAUUCUUUUGGUUGCAACAUUAUUUUAACCGUGGCUCAUGUGGCAAGGGUAAUAAAAAUCGCUUUCUGUAACAACGAAAAGAACGAUUGGUCAGAGUUGGAGCGAUCAAUGUUUUCUUUGAAUGGGAUCUUUGGAACCCAUUGCAAGAAGCAACUUGUCUUCACUGUUAAGAAACACAAAUGGCCCUGGUAUGCGUGCUCUGAAACAAAAUGGUCUGCGACGACACGAUCCACGUAACAGCAUGAACAGCAAGAGAACUGCGUGCACGCUCGACGAAAGAACUACCUGUUCGCUAAUGAAAAGGCGUCCUUUUGACGGCACACGAGCACAGUUGAAGCUUCUCGACUGACGUUUCAUCGUUCUCACCUUCCUUCCUGUUAUCGGAUUAUUACCUUGAAAUGCCGGAGGACCUCCAAUAACGUUUUAACCGAUUAUCUAUGGUAUUUGUGUCAUCGAUUGUUUAAUUACACAACUAAUAAUGUACUUCUCUCUGCGAGAGUUGGCGCAGCGAUAGCGGUUUAAAGAUGCACUUAAUUAGUUUGUAUGUAUAGAAGAAACGAUGUUAUCGCACGCUGGCAGCGCUGACACUUUAUUUCAGUCUUGCUCCUUUUUACGUAAUCAACGUGGAAUCUAGGUCGACUGUCCGAGACUUUCGUGGAUCGGAAAUUUUUCUCGUGUCCAAGUAAAUUGAUACGAACGACAAUUAACCUGAAUAUCGAAAUAAAAGAAGGGCGAACCGCAUGGUGAACAGGUAGUUUCGUCGUCCAGUUCCCGCCAUGUAUACGUGGACACCGCUCCUGUUGUUGCAGCUCGCUCCGUUCGCGUUGGCACACUUUUUUUUCCUGCAUCUUGACGAGGGUCGUAUUGUUGGUGGCGAGUUAGCAAAUAUCGACGAUCACCCCUAUCAAGUAUCCCUUCGAUUUAACAAUCGUCACGUAUGCGGUGGCGCUAUCAUUAGCGAGGAAUGGAUCGUCACGGCCGCGCACUGUGUUCAGAGUACUUCUGUUCGCUUCAUAUCGAUAAAAGCUGGCACUUCCGACCUCACAGAGGAAGGCACGGUCGUCGCCGCCAAGGAGAUCAUCAGUCACGAGAGGUACAACCCAAGAACCUCCGAUUACGAUAUCGCUUUGAUUCGGCUGGAAAAACCGCUGGUGUACAGUUCUCGAGUGAGACCGAUUCUGUUGGCACCGGUCGCCGAUCAUUAUGCAGCAGGCUCGAAGGCGUUGGUCACCGGCUGGGGUGUUUUGAGAAGCAACGGCCCGACGACCACUCGGUUACGUAAGGUCGAGGUGCCACUCGUAUCGAAUUCGGAGUGCUCUUUAUUGUACGCUGGCCGCCGUAUCACACCGAGAAUGAUUUGCGCUGGUUACGUAAACCUCGGCGGCAGGGAUGCGUGUCAGGGCGACAGUGGUGGACCACUGGUGCAGUACGGCAAAUUAAUCGGCGUAGUGUCCUGGGGCAUGGGAUGCGCGCGACCAUCUUUCCCAGGCGUUUACUCGAGAGUAACCGUCCUUCGAAGUUGGAUCACAGAGAAAACUGAACCGGCGCGAUCGUUAAUAAGGCUCGACAUUAUCGUUACGCUUCGGAGUGGAAUAAAUGUCAGCGCGGGACAGGUCUCCGGGGUUUUCAACGUUGCUCGUUUAUUUAAACGUGGCAAAGUAGGCAGGUCGAUAGCGAGUCGACCGCGGUACAGAUCUUAAUGUACAAAUGUAACAAGUGACUCCAUAAUUGAGCCAGUUCUUUCUCAUCGAAAGUACCAGAUAUGUAUCGUAGCAUUUGACUAAAUAUAGAUCGCGUUGGCUUACUUGGAAUUUCGAAUCGGGGGUAGGAUACAUAUAAUUGACAUUUCCGAGUCAUCUAGUGACAUUUAUUUCACUAGUUAUCAUCGCAGUUUUCAAAUAAAAUCGUUGGUUACAUAUAUCACACGAUCAUUCAUGCAUUUUCCUACAGAUCCAUUUAUCAGGUCCAAAGACAUGUAUUAAUAUUUUUUACAGAUAGCAUUAUUUUUUUCCACAGGUAUUUUAAAUUCAACUAAUACGAAACCAAAGAAAUUGAAGAUCGUGAGGGGUGUAAAAAGACUGGAGAAUAAAUGAGUGACACUCUAUUCGAAUAUUUUAACAAGUUUCUUAUCAAGCGAGAAUACAUUGCUCGAAUCACCAAGCGAAUUAUAUUUUUUUAAUAUACAUACAUGUCAACAAAUUUGAAAAUAUUAGAUAGCCCACAAGCUUAAUCCUCGCGCAGCGGUCGCUAAUAAUACGAUAAUCUUCGCGGUUGACGAGAGAGUACUAUACGUUUACGAUACCUUUAACGACGUUACUGUACUAGAAAUAGAUUUAUUUAUUGCGUCCAAUUAAUAAUAGCGCUAGGUAAAUGAUCAUGAUUGUUGUACAUUUUUUUUUAAGUACAUGUACCCUACUCGAAACUACGAAAUAGAAACAUUCCUACGAAAUUCCCA